UGGCUUUUUGCGGCACGGUGGCAACAUCAUAAUUUCAUUCGCAGUCGAGUCGCAGAGAUUUUGGUUUUGGGGGAGGUGCGGAAAAAAGCUUCUACGAUUUCUUUUUCACCAAUUCUUCAGCAAACAUUCAAACGAACGAACAAAUAACCAGACCUUUUAGCUGAGCUCAGCGAAAUCGGACAGCAGGCAGGACAACCUAUAGACUUCACUGAGACACUAUCGAAGCCAACGAAUACCGAAAAUGGCCCACACACACCUGGGACGCGCCGUGAAAAACAUUGAGGCGCCACGCCCACUGAAGACACAGUCGCGAUCGUCGUUAAAGAACAGCUAUCUGGUGAUCGAGGAGCUCAUCCAGUUGAUAGACAACGUUGCCGUGGGCCUGCAGUCAUGCAACACUACGCCGGACUCGAUCACGCUGCUGCUGCACAACCUGCGGGUGCAUGGACCGCAGCUGGAGGCGGUGUCCAAGGACACACUGGAUCGGGCCUUUGUCGUUUUCCGCAACGCUUCGCAGGACGAACGGCUGAACAUAACGACGCGUCUCAAGCUGCUCGAGCUCAUCGAGCUGCGCGCCAAGAGCUGGGACAAUGAUGACACAAUCGCGUACUAUAAGUCCAAGCAGCAGAUCUCCAACGUGGAGCUGCCCACGGAAUAUCAGUACGAUGCUGGCGUUCAGUCAGGCGCCUUCAGCACCUCCCCCACAUUCGGCCUCAGCGGCGGUGUUGGCGGUGUCAAUGUUGGAGCCGCAGCCGCCGCUGCAGCCGUCUUCAAUGCGGCCUCUGCAGCCGCAGCCGCCCAAGCAGCGGCCAUUGCGGCCGUGGGCUCACCCAACCAGCAGCACAUGCUGCUGCCGCCCGGUGAGGUCAUCCGUAACUCGGGCAAGUUUCCCAAACCGACCAAGAUUCCCGGCAAGACAUACUGCAAGGAUGAGGUCGUGAUUCGCAACGCCGACUCCGGCAAAGUCAUGGGCAUCAAGGGGCGACGCGUGCACAUGAUCGAGGAACUAAGCGAAACCAUUAUAUCGUUUCAAAGAGUCAACCCGGGCGCCAAGGAGCGUUUGGUACAGAUUACUGGUCCAGCCGAGGAGAAAAUUAACUACGCCAAACAAUUGAUGGAAGACACCAUCCGUCGUAACGCCUCGCCGGUCCGCCUGGAACCCGCUCCCGGCGCCGGAGGAUCGUGCUCCUCGCUGAACUCGUCCAACUCGGACGACGCCAUCGUGCAGCCGCGCACUCCAAGCGGAAGCAGUCUGGCCAACCGGCUGAGCUUCAACUCCGCCCAGAAUUUCAUGACCGCCACCGCUGCUGCACAGCAGAUCUCGCAGCAGGUGCACCACCAAACGCACCACCAGCAACAGCAGCAGCAGCAGCAAGUUGCCGCAGUAGCAGCCGCAGCAGCAGCGGCGGCACAUGCUCAGGCGACAGCCGCUGCCGGUAAAGUCUUGCGUCCCAAUCAGCAGCUCCUUAUGCACUCAUAUUCCACAAACGAUGCUUCCGUAGGUGAAUACAAGUUCACGGUCAACGUGGGCCAGCACCUGAUCAAGAUCACCGGCGACUGCUGCGAACUAGUGCGCGUGGCCAAGCUCGUCCUCGAUGACUAUUUCAGCAGCUCGGAGUUUCUGGCCUCCAUUGAGGCUGGCGCCGCUUUUGACGGCACUUCUCUGGUGAGCCCAGUAACCACGCCAUCGACUCCGCUACCCGGAGGCGGGCCACCGCAAUUUUUGCUGCCUGGCACGGACAGCGGCAUUGGACUGAACUACGCCGCCUCCUCGGCCGCCAACAAUAAUGGCGAGGGCGACGACGAGGUGUUUGCAGAGCCCACCAAUGGUGGAUCCUCGACUAACAAUCAGAAUGGCUUGGCCAGAUCGCGUCGCAGCCACUUUUCGCGCAAGGAGUCCACGCCGGAGUCCAAGGGAGUUCGCGAGAAGUUUGAUGUGGACGAACUGGCAGGCCUUAAUCCUUUGAAAAGCAAUGCAUCUCGCGUCUCUUACGAUAUUGAGCACUUGAUCUACUACUCGAAGAGUCCACACUCCUGGGCUUUGCCCACCGACUGGCAAAAGAUGCAGGAAACAACGCCCUCGAUUCUGCGCAACAAGGUAAAUCCGCCACACGAUGUCCCCGUCGACAGUAUCGUACACUCUUCGAACUCCCCCGACUUCAUCAACACCACCAUUGCACCUAACCCAUCAGUAAUAACAAUUUCGACUGCGCCUACAGCUAUAUAUACAGUAACCUCCACCCCAAACACCAACAUCACCAGCACCACCGUUGGAGGAGCUGCUGUUGAUGCAGCAGCAGCAGACAAUCCCAUAACCAUCACUAACAAGCAAUCAAAAGGGAUCAUCGUCGAUCGCGAGACCCGUCGCCUUCCCAAGCCAUCGGCCAUGUCCGAUCGAAACCUGUAUAAUAAGCAAUUGCAAAUCAUAACCAACACGGUGGGUGGAUCGCUUGCUCCACAGGGAAAGAAUCGCCAGUCUAACUAUCAAGCAUCCCAGGUGAAGGCCAUUUUCCAGCGCUACUGCGAGGACGAUGAAUUCUCCAUGGCCUUAUGCGAGCAAGAAUCAAACAAUAAUCGUGUUUUCUUCUAAUUUCGAAUAAUUUUUGUAACACCCCGAUUACGUAGCCGGAAUACGUACCGAUCAUAAUUGAAUCUCAGCCACAGAUAGGCAAUGCUUUUCAUUUCGAAUCAUCACAAGCAGAAUUCUUGCUCCUUUAAUUUAAUAUUACUAACCAUUAACACGCGCAAAGCAUGAAGAAUUUGAUAAUGAUUCGAAUGAACACCAUUAUUAUUAUCAUCCAGUCAUAUACUUAAAGACAUACCAACGAAACCAAACCAAUUACAAAGUGAAACUAUUCGCUAGUCUUAGACGUAACAAUACAUCUAAUGCAUAAAAUUGAAAAAAGAAAUGUAACUAUAGGGAGAAUCUGUGUUUUGGCUGUGAAACAGAUUAAGUCUUCGCUAGAGGUAAACUGAAAACGCGGUUCGAACCGUCUAACCAUUAACAAACAUUCUCGAAUUCACACAAAACAUUUGCAAAGCUGUAAUUAAUGUUUUAAUAAGACUUAUAACAAGUGUAACAAACAUAGUUUUAAGCGUUUUAUCCCCCAAACACACAUAUUCAAUACGAUUUAUAAAAAAAAUCUAAUAAACAUAAGGGCUUUCAAAGUCCGUAACAAAG